CUUUCACUUCAGUUUCAUUAGGUUGGAUUUUGGUUGGAUUCAAGUUCGAUUGGAUUGGAUAGCUCAGCUCAGUGUAAUCCCUGAUCAAAACCAAAGCUAUAGGAUUUGUACAAAAGUCAAAGAUAGAAGCGUAAAAAUGAGUGAAAAUCCGUUAAUUACUUCUAUAUUCAGCGAAUUUCAAACUAAUCUCGACGAAGAACAACAGCUUCGGGAGGCGAUUCGCAACAUCUGCAAAGAAAUUGAUCACACGUCCAGAGAGGCGACUACUGUUUUACAAGUUAUUCACCAUAAUGAGGCUGCAAUUGGGCCGGCAUGUAUGCGUGCAAGAGAGCUGUUUGAGAAAGCAAGGGAGGGUUAUGCAAAGCUGAAAGAUGUGGUGCCCAGUACAGACUACUACAAAUACCACGACCACUGGCGGUUCGUGACUCAGCGGUACUGUUUCCUGAUCUCACUCACCAUCUGGCUGGAGAUCGGCACGUUGACGUCAUUACACACUGUUGCCAGUAUUCUAGGAAUAAACCUUUUGGAGCAGAAGGAGGGAUUCCACCUUGAUAUAGAAGAUUACCUGGUGGGACUGCUACAUUUGUGCACAGAGUUGUCGCGGCUGGCUGUCAACUGCGUCACGCGCGCCGACUACCAUAAGCCGCAGCAGAUCUCCAAGUUUGUCAUGGAGCUCAAUGCUGGAUUCAGGCUCCUGAACCUUAAGAACGACCACCUGCGCAAGCGCUUCGACGCUUUGAAGUACGACGUCAAGAAGAUUGAGGAGGUGGUGUACGACCUGAGUAUCAGAGGUCUACUGCCGAGGAAUACGGAGGAGGAGACACCAGCCUCGUAACUCCUAUCUGACUUGACUGUUUCGUAGUGGUGGGAUUGGCAAGGCCUGGUGGGGUUCAUACCACAGUGCGAUACAUUCUUUACUGGAUACAGCUUAACGUAAUAUAACAGAAGUCCACGACCUCUGAUGUGCCGUUCCCAAAGUGGGAAUUUUCCCGGCGCUUCAUCAUCACCCAUUAUCCCGUUUCUCACGGGGUCCGCUUACCUAACCUGCAGAUUUGACAGGUCCGGUUUUUUACAGAAGCGACUGCCUGUCUCUUCCAACCCGCGAAGGGAAAUCCAGCCCAAUACAGGUUAGGUCACAUUCCUCCGAAAAUGUAUUUUUCGGGAAUGUAGGUUUCCUCACGAUGUUUUCCUUUCUGUGAUAAUAAUUCCAAAGAUGAAUUCGAAAACAAUUUCGGCUAUCAUUGGUUUAGGCCUGUGCUGGAUUCGAACCUGCGACCCAAAGUGAGAGGCAAGCGUUCUACCAACUGGGCUACCACGGUGGGAACAUUCUCGACACUUAACAGAGCUUUAUUACCUAACCUUUAGGCAGAUAAGAUCAGAGUACAAGAAAGAACAAUUUGAAAAAAGAAAGCAGCCAGAGUCCUUACUCAUCAUCACCAGCCCAUUAACGUCCCCACUGCUGGGGCACGGGCCUUCCCUAUGGAUGGAUAGGGAGAUCGGGCCUUAAAUCACCACGCGGGCCUAGUGCGGAUUGGUGGUUAUUAACGACUGCUAAUGCAGCCGGGACCAACGGCUUAACGUGCCUUCCGAAGCACGGAGGAACUCGAGAUGAAAACUUUGUAUUUUUUUGAGUCCUUACUAUUAAAUAGUUUUUACAGCGAGAAUAUUCCCACUUUUGGGACAUUCCUGGGAAUGGCACAUCACUGUUCCGACUAUAUCCCAAUUGGGGUAGUCAGAGGCACAUCCAUCACCAUUUUCGGGUAUAGCAAAAGCAAUAAAGUUCUAAACAAUAGCAAAACUAGAUUCUAAACAUUGUGCACUUAAAUAAAUAGUUAAUACAGGGUGUUAGUGACAUCUUAACGAAAACUUUGACGGAUAAUUCAGACCAUGAUGUUUCCAGCGCAAAAGUAUGGAACGGAAAUUAAUAUAAAUAAAUAAAUAAAAAUCGUUUAUCUCAGACAAAGUCCAUAGAAUGUUAGUAUACAAACGACUUAUAAACUAGUGUUAGUAGGACAUUAUUCGUUAAUUUUUUUUAUUAUAAAAAAAACACUAAAAUUUUCAUGAAAUUUCCGACAGGACUUUCCACUUGAUAUCAACUCAGAAUCAUGGUCUGAAUCAUCUCCCUCAGUAUUCGUUACGAUGUCGCUAACACUCAUACGUACUUGUACAGGGUGUAAGUGACCGUAAGUCGUGAUAAAUACUGAGGGGGAUGACUCUGCUCAUUAUUCUGAUUUAAUAUCAAGUGGAACUUCCCAUCGCAAAAGUAUACAAUUGAAAUUAAUUUUUAAAAAACUCAAAAAUAAUCAUGAAUUUGGUGACGGUUUGGCGGCGAGGGUGUGCUGCCGCCAAAGGAUGUUUUCGUGGUACCGAACUGAGCAUAGUACCCCGCUAGCCACAAGUAGGUAGUAUGACUAGGGAUCGACGAUCCAACAGUGUUGUGUUGGAAGUUGUAUAUAUGCGUCUUGCCGUGAAAACUUCGAUACCGCGUUUCACGACCGCUUGAAGACUGCAUUAUUGAAUGUGGCGCCAUCUGUUGCAUGUGAGCGGAACUAGGUGGCCAACUAGUUGGGUCCGCUACAUCGGAAAUUUCCACUUGGCAUCUCAGAAUCAUCCCCCUCAGUUCGUUACGAUGUCACUAACACCCUGUAUAAUAAGCAGACAUCUAAAUUAGUUUACUUAGAAUAUAAACAAUACCAAAACUA